UCUCUCUCUCUCUCUCUCUCUCUCUCUCUCUCUCUCUCUCUCGUCUCUUUUUCUCUUGCAUAAGUCAUCUGGAUAGCGGCAUUUGUUACAUCCUUGAAAUCAGAUUCUCCCUCCCCCCUUUACCUGACGCCGGGUAUAUGACUUUCCUCCCUUUUUUUUAUCUUAUUACAACAGGGGGGGAGGGAAAGGAUAGGAAACCGGGGAUUUUUGUUAUGAGGUUCUUUACUGAACAUAAUUAUCUUUCUAUCUCUGUAUCUCAUUUCUUUCAUGCAAACCGAAAAAAAAAGGAACACACCAAAAAAGACAUAACACGUACGGAAACGAAGUGGAACGAAAAAACACUCCUUUGGAACUUUUUUUCAAUAUAUACUACUCUGGGAGGGAUUACCAUGAUACCUAAGUUUCCUUUUUAGCUUAUUCGAGAAAGUCUAGUUGCAAAAUGAAAAAAUAGGGGGCCUGAAUAGGAGCCGACUCACCCUUUUGGUGAGCACGUUCCAGGAUCUCGGUUUAUGAAAAUGAAAAUCACUCCUUGUUCUUCUGAA